AUGAAGAUGCUAAGCGCUUUACGUGUUAUGACUAGAACUUUGCUCGGUAGUGAUUCGAAAAAAUUGUCUCUAAAUGUUGUAAGGCAAAAUUCAAAGUUUACAUCGGGCUCAGUUCGUCUGCAAAAGGUGCGGGAAAAGGAACCAGGAGAAGUUAUUAAAUGGAUUUUAUUGGUUAUACCAGCAGGUUCGUUUGGCUUAGGAUGUUGGCAAGUUUAUCGGCUGCAGUGGAAACUAGAACUGAUAGAUAAAAUGCAAUCAAAAACAAACUCACCUCCAGUGGAUAUGCCUCUCGAUUUCAAUAAACUUCAGACAAUGGAAUAUAAAUCUGUGAAAGUAAAAGGCAAAUUUUUACAUGACAAGGAAAUAUUGAUUGGCCCAAGGUCGUUAGUGGAGAAUGAAGUCUUACCAAGAACCGGUUCUCUUGUGUCUGAUCCCAAGAAGAAUCAAGGAUGGCUGGUGGUAACACCUUUUAAACUGUCGGAAACAGGGGAGGUGAUUUUAGUAAAUCGUGGUUGGAUUCCUCAGCAAUUACGCCCAAAAGAAAAACGUCAGGCUUCAAUGAUCACUGAUGAGGUGGAAUUGGUUGGAACUGUUAGAUUAACAGAGACGAGAGGUCCGUUUAUGCCCAAAAACAACCCAGUGAAAGGAUCAUGGUUCUAUAGGGAUUUAAAUCAGAUGAGUGCUUAUUUGGACUGCGCCCCUGUAUGGUUAGAUGCUAAAGGAAACCCCGAACCACCAGAAGGCUGGCCACUACCCAACCAAACUCGGGUCAAUCUAAGAAAUGAACACAUGUCGUAUUUGAUAACAUGGUACCUGCUAUCUGGGUUUACGGCAGUUAUGUGGCACCGUUACUUUAUAAGAAAACUUCCUCUUGUGUAA